UAUAACUGCAUUUAUUAAAUGGGACUUGAUUUAUUUUCAAUUUUUGAUAGACUUAUACAUCAAAAACAAGAGUGUGCUGUGUUGCCAGUGAAAGCAAUAUCUUAGCUUUUGUUUUUUAUAAAGCUGUAGAAUAUAUCUACUAGUACUAAUUAAAUUUAAAAUAAUAUUAGAAAUAGAAUCUAAUUAAUGCUGGAUUUCGAAAGUUUCGUACAAUGGAUACGCAUAUUUUGAUACUGUGUAAAGGUCCAGAAUUUCUUGAUACUGUUGUUAUCCAUUUGAGAGAAUUGAUUGAAAAACUCAGAACAAUUGCCAAGUGGGAAUUUCAAGCACCUCAUUUGACUCCUCUUUUAAAAAGAGAACACAUCUAUAUUUCCUGCUUAAUUUAUGGAUCAGAGAUUAUAGGAGACUCAGUCAGAUGGAAAGAAAUUGCACUUGGACCUGACUUUGAAGAAUGUCUAACUACAGCAUUAGAAGGAUUUAAGGAAAAGGCUAUUCAUGGUGAUGUUUCACCACAACAUGAUGACGUGUAUCAAUAA